AUGAGUUCCGGGCCAAAUUCGACGAGUCCUGGUAGUCAAAUCGAUCAAUUAUCACUUGGAAUCAUCGUUAUUGGGAUUUCCUUUGUGGGAUUCCUUUCAAAUGGUCUGGCCACAUGGUUUGUCGCCACCGAUCCCCAAUUCCGUCACUCAACCGGUAUCAUCUGUAUUAAUACGACAUUCGCGAACUUUGCCUACUCGACUAUUUACUUGUGUUUUGUGGGACCGAUGAUGAUUAUGGGUUUGGGAUGGUCAAACAGUGAACCGAUGACCUCACUUUCUGUCAUUAUUUGGUAUCUUUUUUUCGUCGGACAAUAUUGUGCUUUUUGUCUCUCAAUGAACAGAGCAAUCGCCGUGCUUUUCCCCCUUUCAUACUAUCAACACGCGACUGUUCGACUCACCAUUUGGCUGUGCUCAUUUAUUUGGAUUGCCGCCAUUGGUCAUCUCUUAUUCUUCAUUCUCAAAAUUUGUCCGGGUGUCCAAUUCAACGCAGUCCAAUCAUAUCUUGCCAUCUCUUCGUGGUCCGAUUCCGCUAAACGAUGCGUCAAUUUCUUAAGGGUGAACAUCGAAAUGUAUUUGUUGAUCAGUCUCUCCACAAUUUCUCUUUUAUCUGAUAUGAGCUGUGCAGCAAGAGUGCUCUUCAGUUCGACAAUUCGGACCAAGAUGAAAGCCUCGGAUCUUCAAUUUUUAUAUCAAUCCCUGUGUGCAUCGGUAUUUCUUUGUAUCGAGUGUGUGCUGGCGGGUUAUGUUGUAGCCACAGCUACGAUCACGAACCUCACGCAAUACUUCGUGCUCACCACGAUGAAUCGAGUGUUAGGAAGGGCGAUAUCGGGCAUUCUCGUGCUGGUGUUCCAUCGAAAGUUGCGUACCCGGAUCGUCCUUACGCUAUUCUCGAUUUGCUUGAGUCCAGAUCAGCAAGUGACUCUGGUCCAACCUCUCCGCCCUCAUCCGCCAGCCGAACGAGCGACGAAAGAGUCGAAUAAAUCAACGGACACCAAUGGAAGUGCCUCUCCUUUUCCACAGCGCCUUCGCUCAUCUCCUAUU